ACGGGACGAGGGAAACCGGCGUUCUUGGCAAUUCAUUUAACAGACAGGAUCAGGUCGUACACAGAGGUGGACUGACUACCGUGCAGUAGGUGAUAAUAAAUUGCAAACAACGUUUAGUGUUCAGAGUCCUUGCGUUGCUAUAUAUGGGAGACCGGGUUGCGCCGAUGAGUGUCCGGCACCGACAGCUCUGCGUUUUCCAUAUCAGUAUGAAUUGAAUGAGACCAGGCAUUUAAGGGGCGGCCAGCGUGCAAAGAUUUACACUACUGGAUUCAAAGAAACCACAACACGGUGAAAAAAAUGAGCGGAGGAGAAAUUAUCUGCCAAGGAUGGCUUAGAAAGUCGCCACCAGAGAAGAAACUACGACGAUAUGCCUGGAAGAAGCGCUGGUUCAUCCUCCGCAGCGGGAGGAUGAGCGGGGACCCCGAUGUCCUGGAGUACUACAAGAGCGACCACUCCAAGAAGCCCCUGCGCGUCAUCGACCUGCAGUACUGCGAGCAGGUGGACGCUGGCCUCACCUUCCAGAGGAAGGAGUUCCAGGACAGCUUCGUCUUCGACAUCAGGACCUCCGACCGCACCUUCUACCUGGUGGCCGAGACCGAGGAGGAGAUGAACAAGUGGGUGCGCAGCAUCUGCCAGCUGUGCGGCUUCAACCAGUCAGAGGACAGCCAUGAUGGCGGUAGGUUGGUGACAUCAGCGACCCACACACCCCGGUCGAUGGCAGCAGACCUGAGGGGAUCCAUGGCCCCACUGAUUGGAGAACGCAAGGUCUCUGUUCCCGCCCACUCCAGCCAGCCUCUCCUUUUCACCUUCGACAUGCCGACGCGUCAUGGCCACGGCUCCCUGUCCAACAGUGCCCCCCAGGACUACCUCGUCCUCCACCAGUGCAUGAGUAGGAAGGCAGAGAGCACCCGGAGUGCCAGUUUCUCCCAGGCUACACGGAGCAGCUUGCUGGUGGGCAGCGACUCAGCGGUGCAGAAGCUCUCCCACGGUUUCGCCCACUGCCUCAACGGUAUGGGUGCCCAGCUGCACGGUUUCUACAGUCUGCCCAAGCCGGGGCGGCACCAGUUGCCGUCACAGGCCGAUUCGCCGCGGGACACCUGCUACGACCUGCCAAGGGGUUACAGCCCUGAGGGGCAUGCGCGUGCCGGCCUGCCCGAACUGGAGCUGGAAGCAGAGGAGGUGUACACCUUCAAAACCCCCAGCGGCGCCCUGGCUGCCCCGCUUGGCAAUGACCGCCCGCCCGACAACUAUGACCUCCCCUCGCCCCCGGCCUCCUGCUACCAGAUGCCCCGCACAUUUGACAAGAACCACAACGCGCUGGCGCCGGCUGUCACUGAGUCCCCCGGAGAGCCCCCACCCAGGCCACCCAAACCCAACCAGGGCUCCGAGCAGCGCUGGGGCAGCCCGCAGUCACUUGGGGCACACAAUGGAGAGGUGGCCGCAGUGUCCGUCAUCCCCCGCAGAAACACCUUGCCCGCGGUGGUGAACGUCAGACUCCACAGAGGAUCCUCUUUUGAGACCAAUGACCACCACCGGCAGUUUGGUCUUCACAACUCGGGGCAGUCAGCGGAGUCUGUUAAUAAUGGAUUCAGCUCCAACCUGCCGAGAUCCAAGGCUCUUGUGACCCGCUCAGACAGUGACUCUGAGGACAACUACGUGCCAAUGAACCCAGGUUCCUCCUCCUCGCCCUUUAACCGCACCCUGCCCGACAGUCCCCAGAACAUCUACAUUCCCAUGAGCCCUGGCCCGCACCACUUUGAUUUCCCAGGCUUCUCCGCCACGCUGCCCGCACGGAAGGGCAGCACCGCCUCCCUCUGUCACCGCCCCGGGCGCCUGAGUGACAUCACGCCACCUCCCAUCAACCGCAACCUCAAACCGGACAGGAAGUCAAAACCAACCCCCCUGGACUUGAAGAAUAAUGGUAUCAUCGAUGAGCUGCCAUUUAAGAGUCCAAUCACCAUGUCCUGGACUAGACCUGUGCCCGUCCUGAACUCUAUCUCCUCGCAGCACUGUCGACCUGUCUCCACCCAAAGCAUCACCAGCACAGACUCCGCUGAUAGCGAGGAGAACUAUGUGGCAAUGCAGAACCCAGCAUCUACCUCACCAGCAGUGAGUGGCACCAGCAGCCCAGCGCCCAGGAAGAGUGGAAAUGUGGAUUACCUGGCCCUGGACUUCCAGCCCGGCUCUCUCAGUCCACACAGAAAGCCUUCCACCUCCUCUGUGACUUCAGACGAGAAGGUGGACUACGUUCAGGUGGACAAAAACAAGACCAAGGCACUCCAGGAGACCAUGCAGGAGUGGACUGACGUUCGGCAGUCUGCCAAGUCAGCUAAGGGAGUCAAGUCCUGACACUGAACCAUCUGGGAGAGGGAUACCUCUCACAUGCGUUCCUGGUUGCUAUUGUGACUUAAGAGCAAUGGAGAAUGGCUGUAAGGAGGAGGACAGGGAAGAGGCAGAAUUAUACCAGGAGGAAGCUAAGGCCCUGCUGAGUUUGUGAGGGGCUUUGUGAAU